AUGCCUGACAAGACCAUCUCCGUGACCUCUUCGUCACACUUCGAGAAGCUCGUCUCGUCAGCCACAUACACAAUCGUCGACUUCUACGCCGACUGGUGCGGUCCCUGCAAGACGAUCGCGCCCGUCUUCCAUGCGCUCGCCGAGAAGGAUUCAAAGCCGGGCCGCAUACAGUUUGCGAAGGUGAAUGUAGAUAACCAGCAGGAAGUCGCGAAGAAGUAUGGCGUGUCUGCCAUGCCCACCUUCCUCGUUCUCAAAGGCAGUUCCGUAGUCGAAACCAUCCGCGGCGCGAACCCCAGCGCACUCACAGCCGCCGUGCGCAAAGCCGUCCAAGACUCCUCCAACGGCCCUACCGCUCGCGGAGCGAACUUUCAAUCCAAAGGUUACACACUCGGCUCAACAUCUACACCCUCACGGCCGGUCGGCAAUGGUGGUGGCGGGUUUGCGGCUAAUCUGCAAGGCAUGAUGAGCGGGAACGGAGGGUUUGGCGAUCUGGUGGUUAGAUUCUUUGCGCUAUACUUUGUCAGCUUGUUGAGCUUUGACUCGUACAAGUCUGCGGAGGAGAGCCCAUUCGCUGUGAGGGCAAGGCGAUGA